CUACAUUCGAAACCGAAACAAACGGGCUAGUCUCUAUUGUUCAACAACGAAGGAAUAUUAUUAUAUAGGUCUUCCGUAAAUUGUGCCAGUUUCCACUGUUAUGUAUCAAUUGUAAUUGGACAUCAACAUUGAUCAGAAUCAUGGAGGCGAUAACAUGGACUUUGGUGGCAAUCAUGUUAUCCAUGCUUGUCUAUCGAUACAUCAGGUUAAAAAGAAAAGAACUGUAUUGGAAAGAAAAAGAAGUGGGUUUUUGUAAAGCAGAAUACUUUUUGAGUGGACUUCUUCAGCUAAUUAAAAAUCAGCCUAUACUCGAAACUUGGUACAACCAAUACAAAGAAUUCCCGAACCAUAAAUUCGUGGCUGUGGAAAAUCUCAACAAGACCAUGCUAAUGGCAAGAGAUCCGGAGUUUGUAAAAAAAAUCGCGAUUAACGAUUUCCAAUAUUUUGUUGAUCAUGGAGAGUAUAAAUCUGACAAAGGCACAUUGAUUAAUUUAGGACUGUUCAGCCUGACGGGCAACGAAUGGAGAGGGUUUCGGGCAAAACUGUCACCCACGUUUACCACCGGUAAGCUGAAAUCUAUGUUCGUCGAGAUGGAGCCGUGUUGCGACGCUUUGUUGCAUAAUAUCGGAAAAACAUGUGAAAAUCCUGAUUAUGAUAUCAGAGACGACAUCAUGACAUACGCCAUGGAUGUUUCGGCUUCCGUCAUAUUCGGAAUUGAACUCAGAAAUAAAGAACUAAGAGAGAAAUACAAAAAAACAUUUUCACAACUUUUCGAUUCGUCGACGAUUAGGUUGUUUAUAUAUUCCAUCUUGUCAAAAUUUCCACGAUUAACAAAAAUGUUAAACUUGAAGAUUGUAGAACGAAAAAUGGAAGAGUUUUUUAAAGAUAUCAUAAAGCAAACAUUCGAACAAAGAAAAGCAAACAACACCCAUCGAAAUGAUUAUGUACAGCUUCUUUUAAAUUUAAAAGAAUCUGGAAACCUCGAAGUGAAAGUAAAAGACCCAGACGAUGAUUACUUAAAAACCGAAGAUGUACACAUCGAAAACGUUGAGGUUACAGAUGACAUUCUGAGCGCUCAGGCUUUUCAAUUCCUGACAGGCGGUUUCGAACCGAUUUACAACACAAUGCUGAUGUUCCUGAUUGAAGUGGCUCGAUGCGAAGACAUUCAGGUUAAACUUCGAAAAGAAAUAAAAGAAGUCAAGGCAAAAUAUGGAGGCUACGUUUACAAUUCAUUAAAAGAAAUGGUUUACUUAGAACAGUGCAUACAAGAAACACUCAGAAAAUAUCCGGUGGUACCAUUCUUGAUGAGAUACUGCGUCAAAGAUUAUGUCGUCAAUGAUCGUUUAACUAUAGAAAAUGGGACGCAAAUCUUCGUAUCACUCCAGGGAAUUCAAAACGACCCAGCUUACUUCCCGAACCCGGAAAAAUUCGAUCCGGACAGAUUCAGACCGAACGAGUCAAUUAAGAAUUUAGCGUAUUUACCCUUCGGAGAGGGUCCGAGAUUGUGCAUAGGAAUGAGGUUUGCCAUGAUGGAAAUCAAACUGGGAUUGGCGAAAAUCCUGGAGCAAUUUUCCAUAUCACCAGGAGAAAAAGCUAAAUAUCCUAUAGAGAUGAAAAGAAAAGGGCUUUUCUUAUGCCCUUGUCGUGGAUAUCUUAAAAUGUCGAAAAUAACGAUUACUCAAUAGCAAAGUUAAUGUAAAUACAUUUUUUCUAUUACUUUAAAAGCUUUUGGUGUAAGUUAAUAAUGCGACAGUUAUAUUUAAUGUAGUUGACAAUAAAAGAUACCAAUAAAAUACAA